AUGUCCUAUGAUCCUGAGACCAGAUUGGCCCUCAGUCAGUGCUCUUUGGAUGGGAAUACAGGGGUUUAUAGUUCUUGUGAGCCUCACUGCUUUUCCUUUCUGCAGUUGAGAGAGUUUCAGAAGAAGAACAACCUUGGUGUUCCUUCAGAAACGAAGAAGAAAAAGAAGACUAAACAUGGCAGUAACCCUGAGACAACCACUUCUGUUGGUUGUCACUCGCCUGAGGAGAUUCAGGACAUUCUGAAGGUGCUGGUGUCCGACCUUAACCGCUCCAAUGGGGUCGUGCUGCCCCCGUUGGACGAGUGGAAGGCGCCCAAAGACCGCGCCCCUCCUGCAGAACCACCUGCUGAUGACACCAUGUCCCCUGACGGUGUCCUUUAUCAAAGUGCUAGUCCCCCCCGUGUCACUAGCAUGGCAUCAACUCAGAACUGUGUUGCUGAAAAUGGUCCUAGUCCUAUGGAUGAAAACACAUUUUCAUCUACUGAGGGCCUGCGUCAGCUUUCACAACAACUCAAUGGCCUUGUUGCCGAGUCACCCUAUGUCAACGGGGAGGGACUCGCAUCGGCUGAUACAAAGGCGCUGGAGGAACAACAGAACCGGGAAACACUGGACCAACUAGGAAAAGAGAAAGAGGAAUGUGAACAAAAGAUUGCGAAUGAAAGAGGGUCUCUAAGAAAACAGCUACAGGUUCAUAUCCAGACGAUAGGGAUACUAGUAUCUGAGAAGUCAGAAUUACAGUCAGCCCUGUACCAUACUCAACAUGCAGUCAGGAAAAGAGAAGGAAUGGCGGAGGAGUUUGCUGGUCGCCUGCAGUCUUCCCAGCAGCGCAUCAAAGAAUUGGAGCGGAUGGUGUCUACCUUGUCCACGCAGCAGAAACAGGCAACCAGGCAGAAGGAUGAAUUAACCAAAGACCGAGACACCCUCACGGUGGAGCUCGUGAAGAGAAACUGUAUCAUUGAUGAUCUGAAGCAGCAGAAGUCAGAACUGGAGGAGAAGCUUCGGGUCUUGGUGACCGAGAAGUCUACCAUGCAGACCGGGAUCGAGGAGCAGCAGAAGAAGCUGGAGAUGUCGGAGCUCCUGCUGCAGCAGUUUUCUAGACCUGAAACUCCUGAUGAUAGCAGGCAGCAGUUACAGCAGGCCCUGGACGAGCAGGCACAGCUGGAGACAUAUGUGGGGCAGCUGCAGGAUUCGCUGAAGCAACUGCAGGUAGAGAGAGACCAGUACGCAGCAAACAUAAAAGAAGAAAACGCCAUUUGGUGCCGAAGGAUGCAGCAGAUGACAGAGAAGAUGCGCAAGUUAAGUGACGAGAAGGAUCACAGCAUGAAUCAGGUGCGGGAGCUGGAGGCCAGCUUGGCUGAACUGAGGAGCCAGAUAGCUGCUCCCCCGCCCAAGAAGCCCCCAGCAGGGCUCUCAGAGAUGGAACAGCAGCUUAAAGCUGAGACUGAACAGCUACAAAAGGAACUGGAGAGCCUGGCAGGGCAGCUGCAGGCCCAGGUACAAGACAACGAGGGUCUGAGUCGCCUGAAUCGGGAGCAGGAGCAGCGGCUGCUGGAGCUGGAGCGUGCGGCCGAGAGCUGGGAUCAGCAGACUGAACAGCAGAAGCAAAUUCUGGAGAACAUGCAGAAUGACCGCGUCACCAUCAGCCGCGCUCUCUCCCAGAACCGUGAGCUCAAGGAACAGCUGGCUGAACUGCAGAAUGGCUUCGUCAGGCUGAGCAAUGAGAAUAUGGAAAUUACCAGCUCACUGCAGUCAGAGCAGCACACCAAGAAGGAGCUGGCCAAGCAGCUGGGCCAGCUGCAGGAGAAGCUGACGGAGCUGAAGGAGACGAUGGAAUUGAAGAGCCAAGAGGCCCAGAGUCUGCAGCAGCAGCGGGACGAGUAUCUGAGCCACCUGCACCAGCAUGUGGCCGCCUGUCAGCAGCUGGCCGCUGAGAAAGAGAUGCUGCACAAGCAGGUCCUGAUGCAGACCCAGCUCAUUGAUGAACUGCAGCAGCAGGAAAUUCAGGGCAAGGCGCAGGCCGACAUGGUCCGCCAGGAGUUGCAGGAGACCCAGGGGCAACUGGAAGCUGCCAACCAGCAGAACCAGAAGCUACAGGCCCAGCUGAGCCUGAUGGCUCCGCCUGGGGAAGGAGAAGGACUGGACAGUGAGGAGGAGGACAAGGAGGCUCCCCAGCCAAAGCUGAGCAUACCAGAGGACCUAGAUAGCCGAGAGGCCAUGGUGGCAUUUUUAAACUCGGCCUUAGCCAGUGCUCAGGAGGAGCAGGCAGAGCUGCGUGGGCAGCUGAAGGAGCAAAAGCUGCGCUGCCGGCGCCUGGCUCAGCGGGCAGCCCCGUCCCCGCGCGAGCUGGAGGAGGCCCCAGGCCCCAGCAUUGGAGUGGACAGCGUGCCUGUGGAGACCCAUCAGACCCUCCAGGUGGCCAUGGACAAAUUGCAGAGCCGCUUUACAGAGCUCAUGCAGGAGAAGGUGGAUCUGAAAGACCGUGUGGAGGAGCUAGAGCAUCGGUGCAUCCAGCUCUCUGGCGAAACGGAUACGAUUGGGGAAUACAUCGCCCUGUACCAAAGCCAGAGAGCUGUGCUAAAGCAGCGGCACCGGGAGAAGGAGGAAUACAUCAGCCGGCUGGCUCAGGACAAAGAGGAGAUGAAGGUGAAGCUCCUGGAGCUGCAGGAGCUAGUGUUACGCCUCGUGGACGAGCGUAAUGAAUGGAACAUGAAGUUCCUGGCGGUUGCCCAGAACUCUGCUGGGGAGCCCACUCCAGCGCCCCAAGCCGCCCUGGAUAUUGGUGCUGAUGACAGCCCGAAUGAUCUUCAUGAAGUGAGCCUCGCUGGCAGUGGGGAGCCUGUUCAGGGCGAGGCCAGUCGGGGCUUGGCUACCCCUGAGAACCCCACUGCGCAGCAGAUAAUGCAGCUGAUCCGGGAGAUGCAGAGCCCUCAGGAGCGCCCAGGCUUGGGCAACAACCCCUGCAUCCCCUUUUUUUAUCGGGCCGAUGGGCAAAACGAAGUCAAGAUAAUGGUUGUGUAACACCUAACACACCAAGCCUGGACCAUCCCCACCCAUCAUCCCUGUCACUCCUUCCCGGUUACCCCUCCCGUCACUCCUUCCUGGUUACUCCUUCCCGGUUACUCCUUCCCGUUACUCCAUCCCUGUCACACCUUCCCGGUUACCCCUCCCGUCACUCCUUCCCGGUUACCCCUUCCCUGUCACACCUUCCUGGUUACCCCUUCCCUGUCACACCUUCCCUGUCACACCUUCCCGGUUACCCCUCCCGUCACUCCUUCCUGGUUACUCCUUCCCGUUACCCCUUCCCUGUCACACCUUCCCGGUUACCCUUUUACCCCUGGAUUAGUAAGAUCGGACCCCUAAGGAAGGGGCAUAUGAGCUCCCUGCCCAUCUAGGGGAGAUACAUUAUAGAUUCCUGGGCACCCUGGCCAGGGCUGUCUUAAUAACCUCUGGGCUAACAGUCCCAGAAAAAUAAAGGUAGUUAUUGUUAUUUAGGAGGCUCCUCUUCACCCCCACCAAGAAGCCCCUGCAUCCUCUAUUGAGAGGCACUUUGGGGUGUAAGUGCCCCCCUCGCCCAGUUUGACACCUGGGCAGCACUUGGGACGGUUGGGGCUCACAGGCACGGGCAUAAGCUGGUGUAUAUAUACACCCUCAGUGUAUAUAUUAUCUGUAACAAUUUAUAUAUUCGGGAGUAGGCAGCCGCCUGUAUUAUAUAACAAGAGGUUGGAGCUGGCAAAUGGGCUAUUUGUAUUAAAUAUUUGGGGGUGGGGGGAAAGUUAUUUAUUGAAAGAAGACAGAUGGAGACAGCGAUGAGGGUUAUGCCCGGGUGAUAUCACUCUUGUUUUUGUUUUUUAUUUCGGAAUAAAUGGAUUUAGUGAUA